AAAUCGGGGAUUUUAAUUAAAAGAUAAGAUUUGACGUUGACCAUUUCACGGAUGUACUUUUACAAUAAUGUCAUUGAAAGUUGUAUGGCUUUGUUUAAUAUUUUACGUAUCCGAAACAUUGCAUUAUGAAGAUAUUGGUUUAUUUUUUAAAAGAGAACCAGAAGAGGGGACUAGGUGCGGUGUAUGUCCCACCUACUUCGACAAGAUUUGUGCAUUCGACUUCGGAACAAAUCACACAUACAUAUUCGACAACCACUGCGUCAUGGACCUUUUCAAUUGCAUUCAUGGCACAGAUUUUACUCAAAUGAAAUAUGAAAAUUGUCUGUAUUUCGGAAACUUUGCUUAUGUGCACGGAACAAGGUUUGAAGACGCAGAUUACAUGGAGGACCACUUCGCCAUUAAGAAUUCAAAGAAAAAUAAGGACUUUGCAUAAUCGUACUUCAUAGGCGCGGAAAAAUAUAGUAUAGCUAUUUAUGAUAAUAAAACUACGUUAAUUGUU